AUGGAACACUUGAUAUCUCUUUAUGAUUAUUCGGUUUCGGGAAAUUGUUACAAGGUCAGAUUAUUACUUUCGUUAUUGAGGAUACCAUAUAAUCGUAUAGAGGUCAAUAUUAAAAAAGACCAAUCUAAAUCUGAUUCAUUUCUAAAUGACGUAACACCAACUGGUAGAAUUCCAUUACUUGCAAUACCAAAAGAUUAUAUUCAUCCGCUAACAAAACUGUCAUUUUCACCCACCACAACAUCCAUAAACUCCAGCUCUAGUUCUAAUGAAGACGAAACAAAAGAAAAAGAUGAAAAGGAUUUUAUUUAUUUGACAGAAUCAAAUGCAAUAUUAAAUUUGUUUGCAGAUGGUACACCAUUACUACCAUCCACACCAAUAGAGAGAGCCAAAACAUUACAAUGGCGGAUUUUCGAUCGAUAG